AUGAUCAACAUUAAGCCAAGCUUCCCAAGCAUCAACGUCCCUGUAAGCAAUGCUGGGUCAUCUAAAGGAGAACUUGAACAACUUAGGAAGAAGAGAACCGGACUCAAGGAGAAAGAAGAGAAGACAGACAAGGUGAUUAGGCAGCUUAAAGAGAAACUGUCAUGUGUUGCAGAGAAUCUGAAGAAAGUAGAGGAGGAAGCCAAAGAGAAAGAAACGAAGCUGGAAACAGCUGAAGCACAUGUCACAUCUCUGCAAAUGCAGUCUUCGGAGCUCUUGUUCGAGUAUGAUAGAUUGCUAGGAGACAACCAGACUCUACAAAACCAUAUCAUUGGAAAAUGA